AUGGCAUCCGUCGGAGACCCGGACGCCGCCUGCGGAGCAGAACCGAGCGCCAGGAAUGCCAUUCCGACUCCCGUGGCCUCGACACCAGCCGUCCAGGGGCCGGACGUGUCUCUCCGGCGGCCUGCCGCCAGCGGAGGAGCUCACCGAGGGGACGACGUGCUGGUGCCGGAGCUGCCAGCGGAGCCCUUCCUAGGCUCCCCACGUCUGGAUGACAUGGUAAUCUCGAGCGAGGUGGGCCAGGUGCCGGUCCAUUUGGAGCGAGUUGGACCCGAGGAACCAGAGCUGCUGCGGAUACCAGUUCGUGCCGACGACCGGGAGAUGCUGGCCCUGGUGGACACCGCAGCCAGCUGGUCCUUUGUCGCGGCUCACCUGGUCGCCGAGGAGGAGGUGGUACCGCGCCCGGAGCAGGUGCAGCUGGCCAUCAGGGACACCAGCACGACGGCGAGGGGCACAACCCAGGUAACACUGAACAUCAUUGGUCAUGUCAGUCGCAUCGAGGCCUGGGUGGUCCCCGACCUGCGCGAGGGGCUGAUCUUGGGAGCACCAUGGCUGCACGAGGUCGAUGCCACUUUGGAGGUGCGGGCUGGACGGAUGCACUUCGGCACCCGCGGGCCCUGGACGGUGUACGACAUCCACCAGAGCUUCCCUCCCCCUCCUCAGUCAGUAACCCGCCUGGAGGACCUCCGGCACAACGUCCCGGCAGAGUAUGCUGACGCCAUCAGUCGGGCCCUUGAGUCCCGAUCUCAGGUAUUUGAGGCGGUGGACCGGUUAAGGCACACGACGAUGACGGAGCACAGUAUCCCUAUGGUGUCGCACCGCCCGCCGUUUGAGAGGGUGCAUGGGUCCGGGCCCCGGGAGCGCGAGGUGAUCCAGUCCCAGGUGAACGAGAUGCUGCGCGACGGGGUCAUCGAGCCCAGCACCUCCCCACAUAACUCGAGAGUGGUGCUGGCCACUAAGAAGAACGGGAGUUUACGCUUCUGCAUCAACAUCACUGACGCCUUGGCCGGGCUGGGGGACGCAAAAAUUUUCACGGCGCUGGACCUGAAGUCGGGCUACUGGCAGGUGCCGGUAUGCCCCGCCGACCGUCCGAAGACGGCGUUCGCUGCACCAGACGGUCGGCGGUACCAGUUCUGUGCCAUGCUGUUCGGGCUCAUGCCCCGGCCACGUUCCAGUCUAUGA